UCAACCAAUGAGAUUAUAGCUUUAUUCCGUGGGCUUGGUUCCGGAGUGGCCUGUUAUUAUUUGGAGUAGCAGGUGAAAUCUCGAUGUCGUUCCAGGCUGACAACAUGAAUAUGUACGCUGUGCCGAACCCUGAAAUACCAGGCUGUCCACCGGGAUUAGAAUACCUGACCCAGGUGGAUCAGCUGCUCAUCAAACAGAAAGUUGAGCUUGUUGAAGCCCUCGUCGGCUUCGAAAGCAACAACAAAUACGAAGUCCGCAACAGCCUGGGUCAGAAUGUGUUCUACGCCGUCGAGGAGAACGACUGUCUGAGCCGACAGUGCUGCGGUCCCUUGCGCUCCUUCACCAUCCACGUCCUUGACAAUUUUGGACAGGAGGUUAUCACCGUCACCAGGCCGCUCAAGUGCAUGUCGUGCUGCUUCCCUUGUUGUCUACAAGAGCUGGAGGUGCAGGCCCCCCCUGGUAACACAGUGGGCUACGUUAAACAACAGUGGCACCCGUUCUCCCCCAAAUUCAUCGUCACCGACGAACACUCCGAGCCUGUGCUGAAGAUCCACGGGCCCUUCUGUGGAUGGAGCUGCCUGCCAGAUGUCGACUUUGAGGUUUUGACGAUGGAUGAAGUCAGUAAGAUUGGGAAAAUCAGUAAGCAGUGGACAGGGCUUCUUCGGGAGGCGUUCACAGAUUCAGACAACUUUGGUAUCCAGUUCCCCAUGGACCUGGACGUGAGGAUGAAGGCUGUAAUGAUCGGUGCAUGUUUUCUCAUUGAUUUCAUGUUCUUUGAGAGUACUAACUAGGAGCCAAACAGGAAAUCCAUGUAAGCAUACAAACAUUGCUGGAAGAACAAAGCCACGAUGAUCAGCCCCUAACGCAGAACAACCUUCAAAACAGAUCACUUAAAGGAAGUACCAAGUUGCCGAAAUGCUAACAUUUUGCAUGAACAAUGAAGCUGAAGGUUUCUUUUAGUCUUAGUUGCUCGGGUUGGUUGUUAAAAGAUGUUGCUGGGUUGUGACUGCACAGCGCAGUGGUUUUAAGACGGAUGUUUGUGAGGAGGUUUACAUUUGUGUUUACAUUAUGGUCGCGGAGCCCAUCUGGACCCAGAACCUUUCGUUACUACUUUAAAAAAACUAAAAACUUGAAUAGUAGGAUAACAUCCAUAUACAAGUACAUGAAAAGGGAACAACAUUGCAAGCAAGUGCUGUUAUACAGUUUGUGAGAGAGACUCAUUAUAUGCCAAAUAGCACCCGUUUAAUUUGGUCAUAUUAAUAGUCAAGAUGUUAAUUUAUAUAGAACACUAUGCUUGUAGCUAACGACUUGUGUAUUGUAUCAGUUUCUAGGUCAGAUAUUCAAAGCCCUUAUUUAUUGAUUUAUAUUUUGGUCUGUUAAACAAUUUGUCACCAUGCAUUAAUGUGUGUGUGUGUGUGUGUGUGUGCACUGCUUUGUGUGCAUGUCUGUGUGCUAUGAGUGUACUAGUGUGUUUUAACUGAAACAUAAACUACCAUAGGAUUACAGUAAUAUGAUUUAUUUAACAAGGAAUGGGUUAUGGCUCGAUGUGUCCCAGUCUUGUCCACAUGAGGGAGCUAGCUUUUCAUUUAAGAAUAACCUGACUCAGCCCAAAUGGACAAACUCAAUACGUACUCAUGCCAUAGGUUUUUAUUGACUAGUUUCUGAUAACAUUGUAUAUUUUCAGACAAACUCAGGUUGAAAUGCAUGCUACUUUAUUAUGGUGAUGGCUACUGCUUGCUCCAGGAAAUACACACCUGCACCUGAUAUUAUGAACAUAAAGAUAAAGUCAUCUUUUGGAGGAGAUUUUGUACGUUAAAUCAUCUAAAUAUAAUGACGUCAUACAUGUGUCAAAAAUGCAAGAGUAAAAUUAAAAAAGGAUUUAAUGAUUGGGGGCCAUCAGUGUGAUUAGGGAUGGUAAAAGUAAAGUAUUGUAGCAAAGACAUUAUCUAUGUGCUACAUCAACAUUAAGAGCUCUUUUGUAGCAUCAUGAUAAUAACAUGUGUCCUCAGUUGUUUAGGAAAACUAAAUAAAAACACCCAUCUUAAGUCAUUUUCUAACAUAUUAAGUGUUAAAAGCUUUUAAGGCUUUUAUUUUUGUAAAACAAAGUAUAACAAACUGCCAUUUGGAAGAGCUAAUAUGUCCGGUGUAGACUUAACUUUUCUUGCGUCAACAGUUUAAUUGUGUUAGACUAUUUUUCAAAACUUGAUUUUAAGACUAAGUACUGAAGAAUGAGUGGAUGUUUUUUUGCAGUAGACAACUCUGAGUAAAUUUGAAAUACAUUCUCGCCAUUAAGAUUGAUCAUUUGGUUGAAUGUAUUAACAGUAGAAGAUGCUGGUGCUACGUCCUCUGAAGCCCCUUCGAUUGUGUUUAAAAGCCCAAAAUGAAAGCCAGAAUGUGGUACAAAGGGAGCUAUUCCAAGUCAACUAUGUAUUUAAAAGAACCAUACUUUUGCACUAACGCUGUCAAUUACUUUUAAGUCAUGCAAUGAAUGAAAACAAACUCUGUGAGCUUAGCUGAAAUUGUGCAAAUAGUCCAUGGAAACACUUCAAUUAAAAAAUAUAUAUAUA